AAAAGAUCAGGCACCCCCGGAGAUAACCAUCUCAAACGCCUUGAACUACACAGCAAAAACUGACUACAACGGCAUCAACAGAUUGCAACAAUAUCUGGACAGCUCGCUGUCUUAUUGUUUUCCAGUAUAUCGAGGGCAAAGCACCUGAAUCCAGUACGUGAAGUCGCCUGUUGAAGACGUGUUGAAUAGCUGUUUACCAGUUGAAGACUUGUUAAAUUAGCUCUUGGAGAAAGCAAUUGGAGAGAAGUCGACCAUGAAGCUGAUUGUGCUGGGGAUCUUGGCAAUGGUAGCUGCUGCAAGCUGCCUGCCUCUUCAACAACACAUCCCCUCCAAAACAAAAAGAACAGCUGAAUAUGUUGUUCGUUCUAAAACAAAGAGAGAUGUUGAAUUCGACCUUCCUUCCAAAACCAAGAGAGAUGUUGAGUUCAAACUUCCCUCCAAGACCAAGAGAGAUGCUGAGUUCGACCUUCCAUCAAAAACCAAGAGAGAUGCUGAUUUAGAGCUCCCUUCCAAAACCAAGAGAGAAGCCCUUCCGUCCAAAACCAAAAGGGCAGCCCUACCAUCCCAAACAAAGAGAGAUGCUGAGUUCGAAUUUCCCUCCAAAACCAAGAGAGAAGCCCUUCCUUCUAAAACUAGGAGAGAUGCUGAGAUCGACAUUCCAUCCAAAACGAAGAGAGAUGUUCAGUUCGAAUUUCCCUCCAAAACCAAGAGAGACGCUCUUCCUUCACAAACCAAGAGAGAUGCUGAGAUCGAACUUCCCUCCAAAACAAAGAGAGAUGCUGAGUUCGAACUUCCAUCAAAAACCAAGAGAGAUGCUGAUUUAGAGCUCCCUUCCAAAACCAAGAGAGAAGCCCUUCCUUCCAAAACCAAGAGAGAUGUUGAGUUUGAAUUACCCUCCAAAACCAAGAGAGAAGCCCUUCCUUCCAAAACCAAGAGAGAUGCUGAGAUCAACUUUCCUUCCAAAACAAAGAGAAAUGCUGAGAUAGGCCUUCCCUCUAAAACCAAGAGAGAAGCCCUUCCUUCCAAAACUAAGAGAGAUGCUGAGUUCGAGCUUCCCUCCAAAACAAAGAGAGAAGCACUGCCCUCCAAGACCAAGAGAGAUGCUGAUUUCGAAUUACCCUCCAAAACCAAGAGAGAAGCACUUCCCUCCAAGACCAAGAGAGAAGCAGUUCCGUCCAAGACCAAGAGAGAAGCUGAUUUCGAACUACCCUCUAAAACUAAAAGAGAUGCCAAUUUCGAAUUACCCUCUAAAACCAAGAGAGAUGCUGAGAUCGACCUUCCAUCUAAAACCAAGAGAGAUGCUGAUUUUGACCUUCCAUCCAAAACCAAAAGAGCUACCCUGCCUUCCAAAACAAAGAGAGAUGCUGAGCUAGAGCUUCCUUCCAAAACCAAGAGAGAGGCCCUUCCUUCCAAAACCAAAAGGGAAGCCCUACCAUCUAAAACCAAGAGAGAUGCUGAGAUCGACCUUCCAUCCAAAACUAAGAGAGGUGUUGAUUUCGAGCUUCCCUCCAAAACCAAAAGGGAAGCCCUGUCUUCCAAAACUAGGAGAGAUGCUGAGCUAGAGCUUCCUUCCAAGACCAAGAGAGAAGCCCUUCCUUCCAAAACCAAAAGGGCAGCCAUACCGUCCCAAACGAAGAGAGAUGCUGAGUUCGAACUUCCCUCCAAAACCAAGAGAGAAGCCCUUCCCUCCAAAACCAAGAGAGAUGCUGAGAUCGACCUUCCAUCCAAAACUAAGAGAGAUGCUGAUUUAGAGCUUCCAUCCAAAACCAAAAGGGCAGCUCUACCAUCCCAAACGAAGAGAGAUGCAGAGAUAGAGCUUCCUUCCAAAACCAAGAGAGAAGCCCUUCCAUCCAAAACCAAGAGAGAUGCUGAGAUUGACCUUCCAUCCAAAACGAAGAGAGAUGCUGAGUUCGAAUUUCCCUCCAAAACCAAGAGAGAAGCCUUUCCUUCCAAAACCAAGAGAGAUGCUGAGAUCGACCUUCCAUCCAAAACUAAGAGAGAUGCUGAUUUAGAGCUUCCAUCCAAAACCAAAAGGGCAGCUCUACCAUCCCAAACGAAGAGAGAUGCAGAGAUAGAGCUUCCAUCUAAAACCAAGAGAGAAGCCCUUCCAUCCAAAACCAAGAGAGAUGCUGAGAUUGACCUUCCAUCCAAAACUAAGAGAGAUGCUGAGUUCGAAUUUCCCUCCAAAACCAAGAGAGAAGCCUUUCCUUCCAAAACCAAGAGAGAUGCUGAGAUCGACCUUCCAUCCAAAACUAAGAGAGAUGCUGAUUUAGAGCUUCCAUCCAAAACCAAAAGGGCAGCUCUACCAUCCCAAACGAAGAGAGAUGCAGAGAUAGAGCUUCCUUCUAAAACCAAGAGAGAAACCCUUCCUUCCAAAACCAAAAGGGCAGCCCUACCGUCCCAAACGAAGAGAGAUGCUGAGUUCGAACUUCCCUCCAAAACCAAGAGAGAUGCUGAGAUCGACCUUCCAUCCAAAACUAAGAGAGAUGCUGAUUUAGAGCUUCCAUCCAAAACCAAAAGGGCAACUCUACCAUCCCAAACGAAGAGAGAUGCAGAGAUAGAGCUUCCUUCUAAAACCAAGAGAGAAGCUCUUCCCUCCAAAACCAAGAGAGAUGCUGAGAUCGACCUUCCAUCCAAAACAAAGAGAGAUGCUGAUUUAGAGCUUCCAUCCAAAACCAAAAGGGCAACUCUACCAUCCCAAACGAAGAGAGAUGCAGAGAUCGAGCUUCCUUCUAAAACCAAGAGAGAAACCCUUCCUUCCAAAACCAAAAGGUCAGCCCUACCGUCCCAAACGAAGAGAGAUGCUGAGUUCGAACUUCCCUCCAAAACCAAGAGAGAUGCUGAGAUCGACCUUCCAUCCAAAACUAAGAGAGAUGCUGAUUUAGAGCUUCCAUCCAAAACCAAAAGGGCAGCUCUGCCAUCCCAAACGAAGAGAGAUGCAGAGAUAGAGCUUCCUUCUAAAACCAAGAGAGAAGCCCUUCCCUCCAAAACCAAGAGAGAUACUGAGAUUGACCUUCCAUCCAAAACAAAGAGAGAUGCUGAGUUCGAAUUUCCCUCCAAAACCAAGAGAGAAGCCCUUCCCUCCAAAACCAAGAGAGAUGCUGAGAUUGACCUUCCAUCCAAAACUAAGAGAGAUGCUGAUUUAGAGCUUCCAUCCAAAACCAAAAGGGCAGCUCUACCAUCCCAAACGAAGAGAGAUGCAGAGAUAGAGCUUCCUUCUAAAACCAAGAGAGAAGCCCUUCCAUCCAAAACCAAGAGAGAUGCUGAGAUCGACCUUCCAUCCAAAACUAAGAGAGAUGCUGAGUUCGAACUUCCCUCCAAAACCAAGAGAGAUGCUGAGAUCGACCUUCCAUCCAAAACCAAGAGAGAUGCUGAUUUAGAGCUUCCAUCCAAAACCAAAAGGGAAGCCCUGUCUUCCAAAACUAGAAGAGAUGCUGGGCUAGAGCUUCCUUCCAAGACCAAGAGAGAAGCCCUUCCCUCCAAAACCAAAAGGGCAGCCCUACCGUCCCAAACGAAGAGAGAUGCUGAGUUCGAAUUUCCCUCCAAAACCAAGAGAGAUGCUGAGAUCGACCUUCCAUCCAAAACUAAGAGAGGUGCUGAUUUAGAGCUUCCAUCCAAAACCAAAAGGGCAGCUCUACCAUCCCAAACGAAGAGAGAUGCAGAGAUAGAGCUUCCUUCUAAAACCAAGAGAGAAGCCCUUCCCUCCAAAACCAAGAGAGAUGCUGAGAUCGACCUUCCAUCCAAAACGAAGAGAGAUGUUGAUUUAGAGCUUCCAUCCAAAACCAAAAGGUCAGCUCUACCAUCCCAAACGAAGAGAGAUGCAGAGAUAGAGCUUCCUUCUAAAACCAAGAGAGAAGCCCUUCCUUCCAAAACCAAAAGAGAUGCUGAGAUCGACCUUCCAUCCAAAACUAAGAGAGAUGCUGAUUUAGAGCUUCCAUCCAAAACCAAAAGGGCAGCUCUACCAUCCCAAACGAAGAGAGAUGCAGAGAUAGAGCUUCCUUCUAAAACCAAGAGAGAAGCCCUUCCUUCCAAAACCAAGAGAGAUGCUGAGAUCGACCUUCCAUCCAAAACAAAGAGAGAUGUUGAUUUAGAGCUUCCUUCCAAAAUCAAAAGGGCAGCUCUACCAUCCCAAACGAAGAGAGAUGCAGAGAUAGAGCUUCCUUCUAAAACCAAGAGAGAAGCCCUUCCUUCCAAAACCAGGAGAGAUGCUGAGCUAGAGCUUCCUUCCAAAACCAAGAGAGAGGCCCUUCCUUCCAAAACCAAAAGGGAAGCCCUAUCAUCCCAAACGAAGAGAGAUGCAGAGAUCGAGCUUCCUUCUAAAACGAAGAGAGAUGCUGAGAUCGACCUUCCAUCCAAAACUAAGAGAGGUGCUGAUUUCGAGCUUCCCUCCAAGACCAAAAGGGAAGCCCUGCCUUCCAAAACUAGGAGAGAUGCUGAGCUAGAGCUUCCUUCCAAGACCAAGAGAGAAGCCCUUCCAUCCAAAACCAAAAGGUCAGCCCUACCGUCCCAAACGAAGAGAGAUGCUGAGUUCGAAUUUCCCUCCAAAACCAAGAGAGAAGCCCUUCCCUCCAAAACCAAGAGAGAUGCUGAGAUCGACCUUCCAUCCAAAACUAAGAGAGAUGCUGAUUUAGAGCUUCCAUCCAAAACCAAAAGGGCAGCUCUACCAUCCCAAACGAAGAGAGAUGCAGAGAUAGAGCUUCCUUCUAAAACCAAGAGAGAAGCCCUUCCCUCCAAAACCAAGAGAGAUGCUGAGAUUGACCUUCCAUCCAAAACGAAGAGAGAUGCUGAGUUCGAAUUUCCCUCCAAAACCAAGAGAGAAGCCUUUCCUUCCAAAACCAAAAGAGAUGCUGAGAUCGACCUUCCAUCCAAAACUAAGAGAGAUGCUGAUUUUGAGCUUCCAUCCAAAACCAAAAGGGCAGCUCUACCAUCCCAAACGAAGAGAGAUGCUGAGAUAAGCAUUCCCUCUAAGACCAAAAGAGAAGCUGAUUCAGAGCUUCCUUCUAAAACCAAAAGGGAAGCCCUUCCUUCCCAAACAAAGAGAGAUGCUAAGUUCAAACUUCCCUCCAAAACCAAGAGAGAAGCACUUCCUUCCAAGACCAAGAGAGAUGCUGAUUUCGAGCUACCCUCCAAAUCCAAGAGAGAAGCACUUCCCUCCAAGACCAAGAGAGAUGCUGAUUUUGAGCUACCCUCGAAAACUAAAAGAGAUGCCAAUUUUUAAUUACCCUCUAAAACCAAGAGAGAAGCCCUUCCUUCCAAAACUAUGUGAAUUUUUAUUUUCGACAAAGCGAAAUAUUUAUCACGCUGGAAAAAAAACAAAAAGAUCAUUCCAUGCGUUUUGCAUUGAACCAAAUCUAUUUGGACUAAGAUGUGUUUUGCAUUCCUGAUAUUAAAUAGUUUUUGGCUUCAGGAAUGUUGGUCAUUCCUAAUAGUAAGCGAUAUUCAUAUCGAUAAACAAGUGAAAGACCUUUAAUGAUCCGAUGAGAAGAAAUCUCACUGGAUAUUUUCUGAAACACUUUAAGCCUUUUAUCCGUUUGCAAGGAUAUCUACUGUUAUUUAAUUUCUAGAAGAUACUCUUGAAGGGUGUAGUACAUGUAAUUGUUGUGAGUAUGUAAUAUUUAUUGAGGGGUGUAAUGUAAAUUAUAGACGCUGUGUGUUUUAUAGACCCGUAGUCAAUAAAGUUACAAGAUAAUAUGAAA